UCAUCGAGAACACGCCUGAGAUGGUGGUGUAUGUGAAGUCGUACGGCGGCUGGGCGUCCGGUUCCAACGCCAACUCCAACUACGCGGACCUUGUCGAGAAGCUGAAAGAGAACAACGAGACUUUCAAGGACGGCUUCUACUUUUCUGCGCAGUAUGAGGACCCAUUUGAGACAACCGACCGUCACAACGAGAUCUGGGUGCUGGGCACCAGCGCUGUAGACGCGUUGUAUCCACAAAGAGAGGACGAUUUUGCUCGAGGUCUCUCCGCCAAACCUACCUCCACCCCGUCAUGCCUACAGGGGAUCCGGAGUAAGUGGGGUGGCAACAAGCUGCGACUGUCAGGCUCCACUCAGAGUUAUGUGGGAACUUCCUUAACUAAAUGCGGCGACCGGGAAGAGAUCUGUCAAGACAAAGAGUGCCCAGGGUAUCAAGUGAUCGAACGGUACGACUCUGGGAUCGAGAGGCGCCGGUACUCUGGAAUCAAGAUGGCGUCACUGAACACUGAGAUGUGUGACGUCACGCAGGCCCGGUAUGAGGGAUUCUGGUACCUCUACAACUACAUAAACGGAAGCAACAGCUACGAUGAGAAGAUAUCCCCGACCGCCCCAGUCCUUCUGGACGUCAAGUUGAAGGAGAUCUCCGGUAGAAUAGAGCCCGCCUGCGACAAGAUCAACACCGUGAGCUUCUACCUGCCCGCGGAAAGCCAACAAGACACGCCCGAGCCCCUCCCGCAGAACAAGCCGUGGCAAAAACGAGACCGUGCACCCGAGCAGGAAGGCUUCCUCCGGACAGUGGACCUAGACGUUUACGUACAGUGCUUCAACGGCUACGCGGUCAAGGAUAACAUCAUCCAGACCUACCGCGAGUUGAGACAGCGGCUGGGCGCGGAGGGGAAGUGCUACAAGCCGGGUGUGCUGCACGUGGCAUCGUAUAGCGACUCGCGCAGACUGUUCGCUAGGCACAAUGAGAUCUGGCUGGAUGCAGAUGACGAGUGUACGAAGGAAAGUCCAGACGAGAUAUCACUCAAAGGGUGGGAGGAGAUCAGGAAAGAAGAGGAAAGUGAAAAGGGCGUGACUCCGACGAAGGUCACGACAAAGCCGAAGACCACAUCACCUUACCUUCUACCUGUGGGUAACGUUACGGACGUGCCACCUGAGUGUGAAAUAACUGAGUGUCCAAAGUACAAGACUGUCGAAACGUACGAAAACUUCGUACGAAGGAGUGUGAUCAACGCCACAAUGGUGUGCACCAAGACUGUGUCCUGUAGUUACGAGGCGGCUUCAAUGAGGAACUUCCUGACUUUAUCUGAGUACAUCAACGGACAGAACUCUGCCGGGGUCAAGAUCGCGAUGACUGCACCAGUUUUGACUAAGACACGUUCUCUUAAAACAAGGCUAGAGAAAAUGGGUGACGGCAAGACUUGUGAGAGGGAGUUCACGACCUGUUUCUAUCUGCCGAAGGAGCACCACGCAAACCCGCCCAAACCGGAGAACGACGAGUUAUUCAUCGACGACGAACCUAUCCUUGGCGUCUUGGUCACGGCGUUCGGCGGCUGGGCUACAGAUGACAAAGUGGACAAGAUGAUCGACACGUUUCGGGUGCAAGUGGUCAACCAGUUCGUUUCCUACGCACCGACUUUCUUCGUUGCAAGCUACGACGCACCUUGGAAGACGAACAGAUAUAACGAACUCUGGAACCUGAAGGUCGGCCAGAAAUAUAGACCCAAACACGACAGCGACGAGUCCGUCGAACAGACGACAGAGACAUCUCACCAGGUCUCACGUGAUUUCACGCAAGAGAGGUGUGAUGCCAUCGAGUGCCCAGAGUACCAGAGCAUCAAGAAAUUCAACAACUUUGAGGAACGGAAAAUAAUGCCAGGAAAGUGGGUCUGCAAGAAAAGCAGUGACUGUUCUCUGACACAGACGUCAUCUUCUCUCUGGUCCCUGCUGAACUACAUGUCAGGCAGCAACGACAGGAACGUCACAAUCGACAUGACAGCUCCCGUCCUUCGAUCGAUGAAUCCGGCAGACCUCGGACGAAAAGGGUGCGACAAGGACACCAUGGUGUGCUUCUGGUUGCCAAAGGAACAUCAAGACAACCCACCGCGCCCAACAGAAGAUGGGGUGUACCUGUACCAAAGUCGCGGACCAGUCGCUUACGUCACGACGUACGGCGGCGCUGAAGAAACAGAAGAGGACUUCUCGAGAAGAGCCCUGAAGUUCAUGCGCAAUCUGGACACCGCUGGGGUCUCAUUUAAACAGGAGUAUGUUAAGUCUGUGACCUACGGCGGUCCUGGGGUCCCAGUCAACAAGCGCCUGAACGAGAUAUGGCUCAUCAAGCCCGAGGACGACGACAGGACCAACCUGAGUGAAGAGGGCCCUGAAGACGAGCUGGUUUCUGUGGAAGAGAAAUGCAAACGGAGUGACUGUCCGGAGUUCAGGGAUGUCAGGCAGCACAAUGGCGUCGUCGAAAAAAGCAUCGAACCCGGCACCUGGGUGUGCAGGAACACGAGACGCUGCUCCCUGACGGAGACAGACUCCGCCUUCUGGUCCCUGUAUGAUUACUUCGCCGGCAACAACAGCGAGAACACCAGGAUCGCGAUGACGUCCUCCAUUCUACAUGCUAUGGAUCCGGAUGACCUGGGGAGGGACAGCUGUGACAAGCUGUCUCGGUUGUGUCGCUGGCUGCCCAGAGAACAUCAGAAGGAUCCGCCAAAACCCACCGAAGACGGGGUGUAUCUACACACGAUCGAGAUCCGCAUCGUUGGUGCUUCCAUAACGCGCACAGGCGGCAGGAUAGAAACCGAGGAAGACAAAGCUUUCCAAAUCAGAAAAUUCAAGGAGCUGCUGAAAGAGCUUGGCAUCGGAUACAAGCCGGAGUACGUUAUGGACGUUAGUUAUGAUGGGCCCCACGUACCUGUUACCAAGCGACUCCACGAAAUCUGGUUCACCAAGCCACAAGCCUCAGUAUCUGAAGAAAUCUUGGACCCAGUGUCUGAGAAGUGCAAGCGGAUUGAAUGCCCGGCAUACAAGACCAUCAAGGAACAUGACGGCUUCGAAGAGAGGCGCAUCAUCCCAGGCACGUGGGUGUGUAAGAAGUCUACUGGAUGCUCCCCGACACAGACGAGUGCCGCCUUCAUGUCCCUGUUCUACUACAUUUCCGGCAGCAACAGCAAGAACGUGAAGAUGGACAUGACGGCCCCUGUAGUACGGAUGGUGAACCCAGCUGACCUGGAUAGGGAGGGAUGUGAUAAGGAGAUCAAGACUUGCUUCUGGCUGCCGGAGAAGCAUCAGGAAGACCCUCCCCAGCCUACUGAAGACGGGGUGUUUCUGUACAAGAGUCGCGGUCCAGCAGCCUACGUUCUGACGUACAUCGGAGGGGAAAGGGGAAGAGAUGAGGAGUUUGUGAGAAGGGCGAAGGAAUUCAUGAGCAAACUGGACUGGGAAGGUCUUAAGUACAAACGGGAGUACGUGAAAUCUGUGGCCUACGACGGGCCGGACGUCCCGGACAGCAAACGAGUGAGAGAAAUCUGGCUCAUCAAAGAAGAAGCUGCUGAAGACUACCGCGGUAAGGUGCUGACCACCAUGGAGGACCGGUGUAAGGUGAUGGACUGUCCUAACUACUGGAGCAUCAAGAAACACGACGGGUUCGAGGAGAGACGGAUAAUGCCAGGCACGUGGGUCUGCAAGAACUUCAGCACCUGUUCCAUGGAAGAAGCAUCAACAGGGUUCUCCUGGAUUCUGGUGGGUUACAUUAGCGGUGGCAACAGCAAGAGGGCCAAGAUUAAACAGGAAACUCCUAUCGUCACCUGGAUGCAUCCAUCUGUCCUGAACUCGAAAGGCUGUAACAAGGACUACACAAUGUGUCUCUGGCUGCCGAAAGAACACCAGGAGGAUCCGCCUAAAGCAGCGACGUUUGGGCCCGGCACGAUGUUCCUGUACCACAGUCGCGGUCCUGUAGUCUACGCCAUGCCGUAUAACGUCACCUCCCGCGACAAGACUGAGGAAACCUUCACCCAGCAGGCAGCAGCAUUCAUGGACAAGCUGGACGCAGCUGGUAUCGAGUAUAAACAGGAAUAUGUUAAAUCCGCCAUGUUCGGGGGAGGACCUCCUAACAGAGAGCUACAUGAAGUCUGGUUGGUCAAACCAGAAAAGUGAAGCCCGCCCUCUUCCGGUAAGCGACUGAGCGAAGUGCGGCUGGUGGAACCUGAAGAGUGAUUCUGUCCUUCCAUAAGCACGUGCCGAUUCUUGUUUCUAUUCUGCCACCAAUGAGCGAGGCGACCACAAUAUGCUGGUUCCAUUUCGUGGCUGUUUUUCGUGUCUUUGAUUGCAUAACACGGCGCAAGUUUGAAGUUGUUGUCAUUGAUUACCAACCAAAGUUCACCAAAUUGUAUUGUCCAAGUGGAAUAUCCAGUGCAAUGUCACACUGCACAUUCGCAACUAAUGCGUAAGUUGGAAUGCAUUCUGUUCAGAGAAAUGAGCCGAAUAAACGGUACCUAUAGCUAUCC